GGGUGUAGUCCUGGGGGUCCGGGGUGACAUGCCCAGGUGUGUCAGCUCAAAGGAUCUCUGCACCAUCUUUAAGAGGUGGAAGGCAGGGAAAGGAACACCAAGGAGGUUUUUUCCUCCCCAACCUUUUACAAAUGGCAUUUUGUUAAUGGAAAUCUGGGAAGCAGGUGUGAUUAAUUAAUUUUUUGCUCGUAGAUACGGUCCUAAGUUGAAAAUCUCCCACUGCCCUGACCUUUCCCUAGUAGCCCUUUAAAUUUCCUCCUCCCUCUUUGGUAGCUGUUUUCUCUGCCCCUUCACCUCCCCUCUUAUCUAGGAGCUGUUUUUAAGCACGAUUUUUUUUUUAACAGUUUAUUGUGUACAGGAUCAAUAUUUUGCUUUUUAACAAGGAUAUUUAUGUAAUAAGAAACUUUGCCUUAGGCAGGUGUUGGCCAGAAAAGUCCAGAUUCCUCUGAGACCCCACCCUGGCCUCUCCUGGAGCUCUGAACCUGCUGUGGAAGGAAUUGGCUGCAACCUUUACCACUGGAGAGUGGGGUCUGAGGAGAGGGGAGGGGGCGCACUGGUCCUAACGGGAGGAGAACUGACCACGAUCAUCCAGUGCCUCCAUGGAGGGGUCUGGAAGUAUUCCAGUCCAAUUCUUGAGGUGUCAGCCAACUUUCUUAGCUGAUUCUCCCCAUACAUACUCCUCCACCUCUGAAUAUUCAGCACUAGAAUUCCUGAAACAUCACUUCUUAUGCCCUGCCCUUCCAGUGGUCAAGGCUUUGCAGCCACUCCUUCCUAACGCCAGAUUAUUUAAAGAGAGAAAAAUACAAGACAAAAACCUUCUAGCACUUUGUAAACACAGUGAAUAACCUCUUGGAGUAUUUUUGGCUUUAUAUAAAACAAGGUUUUUAUUGUAAAAUAUAAGUGCCAUUAGAAAAUGCACAGGGCAUAUCUUUGUUAAAGUAGAUUUUUCGAUGUUUUACGGAAUUACAUUUUCAAAAAAAAGUUUUUAUAAUGAAGUUGUUUAUUAAAAACUUCUGAAUGAUGUGUUUGGAAGUUGUGAACCUUUCUGAUGGGGGCAGGUUGGAGACUGGGGAAGAAUCAGAAUGUCCAGACAUCUCCAGCAGCCAAGGGAUUGGUGAGUAAGUGUAGGGCAGACAGUAGCAACUCCCAUUAGCACCUUCUACAAACUCCGUACUUUUAAAUGAAAACAUCUUUAUUGGAUGUCUUUGAGGUAGGUGGCAUCAUUUUAUCAGUUAAUAAUCUUUUGGAUGCAAGGGUACGAAAACCCAAAUCAAAUUGGCUUAAACAGCGAAAUUUCAUGUAGAGCAGCCUUUAGGAGUGAUCCAGCAGUUCAAACGUGGUUGGUCUCAGCAUUCCUGUUUCUCUCUGCCCUAUCUUGUCCAGCUGUGACUUCAACCUCAGGCCCUGCAGAGUGGCUUCUCCUUCUGUGUAGGAGUAGAAUGCUGCCAUGAUUCCAGACCUAUCAUUCUUCCGCAUGCUGACCAGGAGGAGAAAGGGAGUCUUCCGAGGCUCUGUCAGAAAAGAAGAGACCUUUCGUUCACAGAAGCCCCAGUAAACAUCUGUUUCAUUGGCCCUGAUGGAGGGCUGUGGCUGCUAACCAAAAGCCACCCAGCAGGGGAAGAUCCAGUCGCAUGAGAAACCAGGCAGAUACCCACUUGCUUCCGGGUUUGCAGCCUUUUAAGACCUUUUUUGCCCCAGACCCUUUUCAUUCCGACUGUCAUCUGCGGCUCCCAGUUUGAGUCUGGUCAGUCUCUGCAGAGCUACCUGUUGAGCCCUCUGCGUAUGCCUGAAUAAUUUAUCCUGUGCAAGAAGCAACUGUCACACAGCUGCCCCACAGCCACAGGAGAGUGUGGAAGCCAAGCGAAUCCCACCUGCCUACUCAGAUCUGGGGAACAGUAAUCACCUGGCCUGAUGGCAUGACUGGGGCUUAGGUUUGUCCCUUACUGCCUGCUCCAAGCGGCUCCUUGCUCGGUUCAUCCCUGCACUUCUGCCUCAACUGCCAGCGCCCUACUAAUCCGGGGCCAGUUCUGGCCGGUGCCCGCAAUCGCGCCCCCGCCAGGCAGCCCCCUGUCCCUCUGCUAGUUCUCCAGGCCCCUAUCUUCUCGCAAUCGAGGGACCCUUGCGAAUCACAUCCGGAAAGGGUGGGCGCAAGGGGCGGAGCGCGACCCGGAGGAGAAGACCGCGCCUCCCCGCCUCCCGGCCCCGGUCCCGCAGCCGCUGUCAGCCGCGCCCUUUCCCGGAACCCGCAGUCUCGCCCGCGCGCCCGAGCCCCCCAGGCCAGAGGUCCCACAGGUGAUGGCAGACGAGGAAGCUGGGGGCCUGCAAGCCGCCGCGUAUCCGCCGGCUAGCCCCGCGGCCCAGGCCCGAGAAGUGGGGUCGCGCGGGCACCCCGACCCCGCCGCGAGCCCUAGGAGUGCCCCGCCUGCCCCAGAGCGCCGGGAAGUGGCAUCCCCGGUGACUGGCCGGAGCCUGGAAAACGGUCCUGCCGGGGACGAGGCCCGAGAAGCCUGUGGCGCAGAGACGUGGGGGGCCAGGGCGGGAGCCAGCGGGAAGGCCGAGGAAGUGACGACUGAGGAGGGCGCCAUCUUCAUGGAGGAGGUACAGAAGCAGCAGGUGGGAGCAGAGGAGGAGGUAGGGGAGGAGAAGAUGGAGGUGAGAGAGGAGAAGGAGGUGUUGGAGAGGCUGGUGGAGGAGGAGAAGCUGGAGGUGGUAGCGGAGGAGCAGGAGGUCCCGGGGCUCCUGAACCUUGAUGGCCCAGUCGUGGACCCACUGGAGGCCAUCCAGUGGGAGCUGGAGGCUGUGAGUGCCCAGGCCGACCGGGCCUACCUCCGGCUUGAACGCAGGUUUGGGCGGAUGCGCCGGCUGCACCUAGCCCGGAGGAGUUUCAUUAUACAGAAUAUUCCAGGCUUCUGGGUCACCGCCUUCCUGAACCACCCGCAGCUGUCAGCCAUGAUCAGCCCCCGAGAUGAAGACAUGCUCGGCUACCUGAUGAAUUUGGAGGUGAGGGAGCUCAGGCACGCCAGGACCGGCUGCAAGUUCAAGUUCCGGUUUUGGAGCAACCCCUACUUCCGGAACAAAGUAAUCGUGAAGGAGUAUGAAUGCAGAUCCUCAGGCCGGGUGGUGUCUAUUGCCACUCGCAUCCGAUGGCACCGGGGCCAGGAACCCCCCGCCCUGGUACACAGGAACCGUGAUACCGUCCGCAGUUUCUUCAGCUGGUUCUCACAGCACAACCUCCCCGAGGCCGACCGGGUUGCCCAGAUUAUUAAAGAGGACCUGUGGCCCAACCCUCUGCAGUACUACCUGCUGGGCGAUAGGCCUGGCAGAGCCAGGCAAGGCCUAGCGCGGUGGCCCAUAGAGGUCCCUCCUAGGCCCUAUGGGUUCCAGUCGGGCUAAGUCUUGCCCUGGGACAUGUUCCCUACAUAAGACUCAGCUUCCCAUGGACCUGUGCUUAGGCUGAUGAGGGGCCCCCUGCUAUCUGCUUUUUCUUCUGUGCACUCUGGCUCCUCUGGACGUUCAGGUCACUGUACUCAGCUCCAAGAUGGUGGCCUUCGUGUUUCCAUGUGGACUUUUGUGCCAACAUCAGUGGCCAUCACAUGCCACUGCAUCUAUGCCAAGCACCCAAUGCUGUGUAUAUGCGUGUCAUCUGACCUUCAUGGCCUGGACCUUUCAUGGCCUUCCCAUCCAUUUUUGACAUGGGCACCUGUGAGUCAUUGCUGGGAUGACCAGUGUAUCUUCGAGGCCUACUACUUCAAGACCACAACAUGCUGGGCUUUUCCUUCAUGCUGGCUAUGCUCAUGGUGGCCUCAUACAUGGGCUGUGGCAAGCUGAGCCUCAUCACCCAAGAUGAAGCAGGUGCAUUUGGUGCCAGCCCUCCCCUAAACCUGGACAUUACAUGGCCUCAGGACCAUGGGCCAGGCUACCACCACCAAGACUACUGGGCAUCUGGCAGAAUGGACAGGCAGCCAGCGGGUGGCUACUGAGCAUGGAUAAGGCCAAGGGCACGAAGCAGUGGGCAGUGCAUUCUUUGUGAUCACCCUGCUCUUUCUACUCCCAUGUUUGCCCUACAUCAUGGCCUGCUAUUGACUGUGAAGGUCUGUACCAUGCCCCACCAGCACCCGGCCAUCACCUUUCAGAUGAGUUUUGCCCAGGCCACCAUCAUCCCUGUUCCUGAUCCCUGGUCUACAAGGACCUCAGGAACUACCUUUGGGCCCUGGUGGGCCACCUACCAAUGCACAGGAGAACUCCAACACCCCCCCCGCCCCGCCCCGCCCAGGAACUCUGCCAGGUUGGCUUAUCUGGGCACGUGCUCAAGGCAGGGGCAAAGAC